AUGGAUUCCACCGACGCGCCUCAAAUAAUCGAGCAUGCCCAUAGAAAUCUCACUUACACACCUUUUGAUACCAAAUGGAUUCCUUGCAGCUCUCGAUUUGUGAUACUAGGCCAAUCUCCUAGCAUGAAAGGAAUAUUCCAGCUUUUUCAAUUAGAUCAAAAAACUGAAGGCAAGCUUCGGCUUCUUCAUGAGUUCACAAAAGGUAGUGGGUAUAAAUGCGCGACAUUUGGAGCAUCUUCUUUGACUAACCGCCAAAUAGCAAUUGGUGAUUUUUCAGGGAAUUUGACGAUUUUGGAUCUAGAAACUCAACAAGAAGUAUAUAAAGUAAAAGCUCAUGAAGGCUUGAUAAACAGCCUAGAAGGCGCUGGAGGCAGUGGAAUGGGCCCUCCUGAAUUAGUCACUGGCGGCAGAGAUGGCUGUGUGAAAGUAUGAGAUAUAAGACAAGAGGCUCCAGUUGUUUCAUUAGAACCCGCUGAAGAAAUCAAGCCUGAUUGCUGGGCUGUUUGCUUUGGAAAUUGCUAUCACCCCUAAAAUUUUUUAGAUGAUUAUGACCGUCCAUUUAAAUUUUAAAAUUAAUUUGUACUUGCCAGUUUUUUUGAAAAAUCAAAAACGAAAAUGGCAAAUAUUUGUUUGUUGUUUUAAGAUGCCUAGUAAGACUUAGCUGAAGAAAGCAAGUGCCCCAGACCAUAUUUUCCCUUGUCGUUAUUAUGCUGAGUUAUAGCAAUCUAUUAUGGCGCUUAAGCUAUAUAAUGACUCUGAACGUAUGCUAGCAGCUGGCUAUGAUAAUGGAGACAUCAAGCUAUUUGAUCUGAGAACUAAUUAUUUGCAAUGGGACACAAAUUUAAAGAAUGGGGUUUGUGGACUUCAAUUUGACAGAAGAGACCAAAUGAUGAACAAAAUUGUAGCUACAACUCUUGAAGGAAAAUUCCACAUUUUUGAUUUAAGAACUUUUAAUGCAACUGAAGGCGGGUAUGCUGAAGCAAUUGAAAAAGUCCAUGGCGCUACUGUAUGAGGAGUAAAGCAUCUGCCUCAGAAUCGUGAUCUUUUUGUGACUUUAGGAGGAAAUGGGAGCUUGAAUCUAUAUAAAUAUAAUUAUCCUUCACAAAGAUCAGUUCAGGAUAUGAAUGGAAACCCCAAAGGUGUGCCAGGGAGUGUGACAAUGCUGAACCAAAGAGAUUUAUCCACACAGCCUGUUGCAAGUUUUGAUUGGAGCGCAGAUAGGUUAGGAUUAGCAGUGUUAUCAUGUUUAGACCAAUCAAUGAAGGUAAUAAUAACAACUAAGCUGAAUUUAUAUUAA